AUGCGAGGCGCUACUGUUUACUACCUCAAGAUACUCUUGGCCAUUUGUAUGAUCCACGAAAUGGCCGGCGGCCUCAUCAGGAAUACCACUGAUGCCGCCUACAAGAAGUAUCUGUCACUCAAGUCGCUGCCAUUCGAAGAUUGCGGCUCUUUGUACAAAGUCAACUACCUGGAGAUUGAAAGCUGCUCAACAUUACCUUGCUCCAUGGCACGGAAUGCGAUUAUUAAGGUGACGGUGCUCUUCGAUGAUAACGGCAAUGGCGUCACCUUCCUGAAGCACGAAGUGCGCUGGGUGUUCAAUUAUGUCAAGACCCAGGCGGCCAUAUCACCGGAUCCAUGCGAUGGCGAUCACGGCUGUAUCAUGAGUGCCUCCGAUGGCAAGACCUACUGGGCCAAUAUCUUCGUGAACGAAUCAUUGCCGGUGAUGCGGGGCAGCAUGCUGUGGGAGUCGAAGGAUGAGUGCAACCAGAACCUCAUUUGCUUUGAGGUCCCAGUGUUGAUCACAUUGUGAAUGCACCGUACAUCGUACCGUACGGUGCAUACACAUGUACAUACUAUACACAUACAUAUAACGAAAAUAAAGUAAUUGGUGCAUGCAAAACAA